CUUUUUUACUUGGAAAACAAUGGAGUUCGUUGGAGAAGAAAUUAAUUAUACUUUUGUGAUUCAGAAAGUUUUGGUUCUACUGUUUUGUGUUGGUUUGUCAUGGAAAAUGAUAAUAUACAUGUGUAAUUUGUUAAACAUUGAGAAAGAUCCUAUAAGGGUUUUGAUUACCGGUGCAGCAGGAAACAUAGGAUAUGCAAUUGCUCCAAUGAUUGCAAGAGGUAUUAUGCUAGGUCCAGAUCAACCCAUGAUUCUGCAUUUACUUGAUAUAGAGCCAGCUUCAAGUUCACUAGAAGCUGUGAAAAUGGAGCUUCAAGAUUCAGCUUUCCCUCUUCUCAAAGGCGUUAUCGCGACAACAAAUGUUGUUGAAGCAUGUAAAGAUGUGAAUAUCGUGAUAAUGAUCGGCGGAUUCCCAAGGAUAGCAGGCAUGGAAAGAAAAGAUGUGAUGUCGAAAAAUGUUGUGAUAUAUAAAGCUCAAGCUUCGGCUUUAGAGCGUUAUGCAUCAGAUGAUUGCAAGGUUCUUGUUGUCGCAAACCCUGCAAACACUAAUGCUCUGAUCUUAAAAGAGUUUGCGCCAUCAAUCCCGGAAGAAAAUAUCACUUGCCUGACACGACUCGACCAUAAUCGAGCUCUAGCUCAGCUUGCAGAUAAGCUAAGUGUUCCCGUGAGCAGUGUAAAGAACGUGAUCGUUUGGGGUAACCAUUCUUCAACUCAAUAUCCCGACACCAAUCACGCAACAGUCUCUACAAAAACUGGAGACAGACCGUUAAAAGAACUAGUCACAGAUCACAACUGGCUGAAGAACGAGUUUAUCGUGGAAGUUCAGCAACGCGGUGCAGCUGUUUUAAGAGCACGGAAACAGUCGAGUGCUUUUUCCGCUGCUGGUGCAGCUUGUGACCAUAUCCGUGAUUGGUUUCUUGGAACCCCUAAAGGAACUUGGGUUUCUAUGGGUGUUUGUUCUGACGGCUCAUAUGGUAUACCACCUGGUUUGGUUUACUCGUUUCCGGUUAUCUGUGAGAAAGGGAGUUGGAAGAUCGUACAAGGACUCAGUAUAGACGAGUUUUCGAGGGAGAAAAUGGAUGACUCUGCACGAGAGCUAGCUGAAGAGAAGGAUUUAGCUUAUUCCUGUCUCAAUGUAUAGACCAAAAGUUGAAAACUAUGAUAGUCAUGGCACAAACAAUGUAGCAAACAAAUAAGUUUGUGUUUCUAUAUUCAUGAAAAAUAAUGGGA